GAAGAUUCAACGACGCAGCGUUAGAGAGAGAAAGACAGCUCGGUGAAGCCAGUAGCCAGUCUGAUCCAGUCAGAGACCAACGUGCCCCGUGUUCGUGCCGUGUUGCCGUCGGACUUCCGGUUCAUCAGCAGAACACGCAUAAAUUUUGCAGUGAAUUUCUUUGUUAUUUAAUGUUUAGUUACAUCUUUUGUUUGACGUAUUAGUGCACACUUAAAAUGGCAAACGUGGGAGCUCCUGAUUCUUGGGAACAACAAGCAGAUGCCGAUGCGGGCGACGGUGCCGCUUCCAACGAUAUGUCGGCUAAGUUAUCCACGUUAAAUGUGAAUGCAGUCGAAUUCGUUCCGUCAUUUUCCUUCAAAUCAGCAGUAGAAGACGAUAAAACGUCACCAAGUGACCCUGUGCCGCCUGAGGAUUCAGGGCCCCUAACCAAUGGUCAAACUGCUCCAGAUCAAGAAGAAACUGCAGCCAAAGUCAGUGAAGUAGAUGAGCCACCACCUGGUGAAGCUAGUCCUCCAGCUGAUUGGGAAACUGCAGAUGGUGAUGUUGACCCUUUGCUGACUCCUGACGAUCCUGAUGGAGAUGAGGCGGCUGACACUGUUAGUGAAGCUAUGGUCAAACCUAAGAAGAAACCUAUUCAAGCAGAAGAAACCAAGAGCAAGAGGGAGCAUGUCAAUGUUGUUUUCAUUGGUCACGUUGAUGCUGGAAAAUCUACCAUUGGCGGUCAGAUUAUGUCCUUAACUGGUAUGGUAGACAAAAGAACAUUAGAGAAGUAUGAAAGAGAGGCUCGAGAGAAAAGCAGAGAAUCCUGGUAUCUGUCUUGGGCACUGGACACAAACCAAGAAGAAAGAGACAAAGGCAAAACUGUAGAAGUUGGGAGAGCUUAUUUUGAGACUGACAAGAAACAUUUUACCAUUCUGGAUGCACCUGGACACAAGAGCUUUGUGCCAAAUAUGAUAGGUGGUGCUGCUCAGGCUGACCUUGCUGUUCUUGUUAUUUCUGCACGUAAAGGAGAGUUUGAGACUGGGUUUGAUAGAGGAGGUCAAACUAGAGAACAUGCCAUGUUGGCAAAAACUGCUGGUGUGAAACAUUUGGUGGUGCUUAUAAACAAAAUGGAUGACCCAACAGUACUCUGGGCAGAGGAACGUUACAAUGAAUGUAGGGAUAAAAUACUGCCUUACUUGAGAAAGUUAGGUUUCAAUCCAGCCAAGGACCUUACAUUUAUGCCAGUUUCUGGUCUUACUGGUCUAGGAUUGAGAGACACAGUGCCUAGGGACAUUUGUCCAUGGUACUCAGGAUCUGCAUUUAUCCCUUUUAUAGACAAUUUACCCUCUCUGAACCGCAAGACUGAUGGACCUUUUGUUCUGCCCAUUGUGGACAAAUACAAAGAUAUGGGUACUGUUGUCAUGGGCAAAGUGGAAUCAGGUGAAUGUAAAAAGGGAAUGACUCUUCUACUCAUGCCUAAUAGGACAUCAGUGAUUGUUGACCAACUUUGGUCCGAUGAUGAUGAAGUCACAUCUAUUGGCCCUGGAGAAAAUGUCAAAAUCAAGGUGAAGGGAAUUGAAGAAGAGGAUGUUUCUCCUGGCUUUGUGUUGUGUGACCCAGCAAACCCCAUCAGCACUGGUCGAAUCUUUGAUGCACAAGUUGCUAUUUUGGAGCACAAGAGUAUAAUUUGUGCUGGAUAUUCAGCUGUUAUGCACAUUCACUGUGUGGCUGAGGAAGUUACUGUUAAAGCAUUGAUCUGUCUUGUUGAUAAAAAGACAGGAGAAAAGUCAAAGACUAGACCUCGAUUUGUGAAACAGGAUCAAGCUGCCAUUAUGAGGAUAGAGUGUGCAGGAAUCAUCUGCUUAGAGCAAUUUAAACUUUUCCAACAAAUGGGCAGGUUUACUCUUAGAGACGAAGGUAAAACUAUUGCAAUUGGCAAGGUGCUGAAGGUUAUUGAAUGAGACCCCAUUUCAUCAAAAUAGACCAGAGCCGACAGCUGUGUCAUUCAUUGUGAGCGAGAUGCAGCACAUCCGUAAAAUAAUCAAAUGAACAUUAAGACAUACUUGUAAAUGUUAUUGGAGUACUAGUGUGUUGCAAGUAUUUGGCAAGCUGGUUUAUCAGCACUUAAUCAAUUUUCUGGUGACUAGUGAGCCUGCGUCAACUUGAUUACUACAACAGCAUGGAUUUGUUACUGUGUUCUUCAAAAUUACCAAAUGUGCCUAAAAUGUGUAAUGGGGUUUCUUCUGUAUAGGGCCAGUUCUAAUAUGCAAAUUUGGCCCGUUUUUUAAUUUAAUCGAUGUUUUAUGUUUUUACCUCCCUUCUAUGAAGAUAGCCUUACUUUUUUUUUCUUUUUGUGGUGCUCUAUUGGGGAAAUUUGUAUGAAUGAAGUAAUUGUGAAUGUAUAGAUGCAUGUGUGCGCGUGUGUAUGUGUAUGCCAGAAGAUAUGUAUGUUUUCAGAGUUAUUAAACAUUCACAUAUUAAGUUUCUUAGUUUUGCCUUGCAGCGUCCUAAGAGUCAUUGUUGAUUUUCUGAGCUCAAAGCCUUUUAUUAUUUUUUAGCUUUUGAGAACUGACAAUAAAAUUCCCCUAAAAUGUUGUUAGCUAUGGUUGUAUCUUUGGUGUAAAGGUAAAAGGCAUUUUUAAGCUACAUGGGAAGAGCACAGUCUGGUGUGUUACAGAAGUAUUUACAUGUCUGCUUUUCUCUAUCUUUGGAACAAGGUUUAUUGCAUUUAAUUUGUUGGUUAUGAGUGUAUGCAUACCCCCCCCCCCUCCCAAAUCCCCCUGUUGCCCCCUCCCCCUCUCCCCCACUUUCUUUUGGGGUGCUGGAUUGUUCUUAAUCUGAAUUCCUUUUUCCUUUCAAGAGUAGAGUUUGUUUUGUUGUUCUGGUUUUAUUUUACCACUAUGGCCCAGUUUAAUAGAUGUAACCUAUUAUCUGGAGCAGUGUAGGGGACAUGGAGUAUAUGUUUUAUAUGGUUUUCCCAUCACAUAGAAGAAUUGGUCACUGGACCAAUUCAUUCUUUCGGUUCAGGAAUAAAUGAAAUGCCAUAUUUCAAUGUGUAGAUUCUUAAUUGGCCAAAUGUCGAGUUUGAUUUUGAAAUAUACUGUUGGAAUCAUCCUGGAAAGAAAUCCUGUUCUUGCUGUGAUAGUGAUGAAGGGACAAAACCAGAAUUAAUCAGUGACCAAACUAUUCCUGGAAUGCGUUUUGGUCCCUUUGCGAAAUGGUAUUCAGAAACUACUUCGAAUACUGAUAUUGGUUUAGCUGACAGUUAUUGCUUGUUAACCGUUUGUAAAUAUUAACGUUUUGAUGCCUGGAAAGAGACUGUUUGGUUGAAUGAGCUAUAGUUUUUAUGAAAAAUGUGUUAUGUUUCUAAUUGAUAAUAGUAAAUAGUUAUGGAGUUCCAUAACUCACUAUCACAUUUUGAGGCUGAUGUUGACAACUACGUAUUUCUUUUGACCUUUGUGCAUUGGUGUAUAUUGGGAAGUUAUCUUAAAAAAUUAAAAAGUUUUAAUUUCAUGACUACACAUUUACUUAACGUGGAAGAGCAAUUUUGGUAUGUGUGAUUACUAAGAAGUAUUUUUGUAGGGACCUGAGAAAACACUGCCUAUAUAGUUGCAAUUAUUUUGGUAUAGUGCUGAUAUUAUGGCUUACACUAUUGUGUUAUUAAUGCACUACUGCAUCCCAUUGUUUUCCAAGGACCCUGAGAGUUUUGUGCUGGAUUUUUAAUGCUUACCUUAAAUUCUAUUAAAAUCAUAUGACUUAAUCAUAGUCUGCUAUGCUUGGAUUUGAGCUAUGUUGAGUUUUACCUGUGACAUCUUAUUGCUGUCCUGUCAAGGGACUGCCCCCAAUGUUGUAAAUAUGGGAGGUUUAGGGAUUCUUCUGUUUAUUUUUUCUAUCAACUCGUGAUCAAGCAGUUAUGGCGCAAUUGGGACUGAGUGGAACUUAAGUGUUUCCUAUAAAACUAGUUACAUGUUUGGUAAUUCAUUAAUUCAUGUUCACAAUGGCUGUAUGGUACUGCAACUGUUACAAGUUAUUGAACUGUUGGCUCCAGUCUUCAUACACCUUUUUUUCUACUUGAGUAUUGAGCAGAUUUCCAGUAAGGCUCUAUGCUACUAUUGUGCCCAAUAUUUACAGUGCAAAUAAAGUAUCUUAAGAAAAGA